GCGCGGGCGGCGGGGGCGGGGCGCGGAGGCUGAGGUGAGCGCCGGGCGGCGGUGCAGAGCUACUGGAGCGCCCGGCGGCUCCGGGCGGUGGACGAAGAAGGCGGCCCCGGCCCCUGCCCGUCCCGUGCGCCCACGGCCCCGCGGCCCCAAGCGCCCCCGGCCCCGGCCCCGUCCGCCGCCGCCAUGGCCCGGCCGCUGGUGCCCAGCUCACAGAAGGCCCUGCUUCUGGAGCUCAAGGGGCUGCAGGAGGAGCCGGUGGAGGGCUUCCGGGUGACCCUGGUGGACGAGGGCGACCUGUACAACUGGGAGGUGGCCAUCUUCGGGCCCCCCAACACCUACUACGAGGGCGGCUACUUCAAGGCGCGCCUCAAGUUCCCCAUUGACUACCCCUACUCUCCGCCGGCCUUUCGCUUCCUGACCAAGAUGUGGCACCCCAACAUCUACGAGACUGGGGACGUGUGCAUCUCCAUCCUCCACCCACCCGUCGAUGACCCCCAGAGCGGGGAGCUGCCCUCGGAGCGGUGGAACCCCACGCAGAACGUCAGGACCAUCCUCCUGAGCGUCAUCUCCCUCCUCAACGAGCCCAACACCUUCUCACCGGCCAACGUGGACGCUUCCGUGAUGUACAGGAAGUGGAAAGAAAGCAAAGGCAAGGACCGCGAGUACACGGACAUCAUCCGGAAGCAGGUCCUGGGGACCAAGGUGGACGCGGAGCGGGAUGGCGUGAAGGUGCCCACCACGCUGGCUGAGUACUGUGUGAAGACCAAGGCCCCAGCGCCUGACGAGGGCUCGGACCUCUUCUACGACGACUACUACGAGGAUGCCGAGGCCGAGGCCGAGGCCGACAGCUGCUUCGGGGACGAGGACGACUCGGGCACCGAGGAGUCCUGACCCCGCGUUUCCGCAAAUAAACUGACAGAUUUUA